AUGGUGGAGGGGGAGAGGCCGAAGCUGCUCCUUCGGCUGGUGCAGGAGGGACGGCUGGACCUCCUCCGGGACGAGCUGCAGCCAGACAAUGAGCCGGACCCAGUGAUACGGAACCAACGCUAUGGGCGCUUGGGAGACACGCUGCUGCAUCAUGCUGCCCGAUACGGGCACCGGGACGUCCUCGCCCACCUGGUAGAGGCGCUGGGGAUGGACGUUGAGGUGUUCAAUAGCGACUACAAAAGACCCCUCCACGAAGCAGCUUCCAUGAGCCACGGGGAGUGUGUCUCCUACCUCCUGGAGAGAGGUGCGAGCGUAGACUGCUUGAAAAAGGCAGACUGGACUCCCCUCAUGAUGGCUUGCACCAGGCAAAACCUGGAGGUGAUCAAAGCUCUCGUGGAGCAUGGAGCCAACCCGCUGCUGAAAAACAAGGAUGGCUGGAAUUGCUUCCACAUCGCCAGCCGGGAGGGCCACCCCCACGUCCUCCAGUACCUGCUGGAGGUGUCCCCAGGCAGCUGGGACACGGAGAGUAAGAUAAAGAGAACGCCUCUGCACACAGCAGCAAUGCACGGCUGUUUUGACGCUGUGGAGCUGCUCUUGGAGCGGUGCCACUACAAACCUGAUAGCAGAGACAAGUGUGGAGUCACUCCCUUCAUGGAUGCUAUCCAGAGCGGGCAUGUUGACAUCGCUCGGUUGCUCCUGGAAAAACACCAG